UAAUGACGCAUUAGGAAAUGCCAGCUGCCAUAAAACCACAGAAGAAGAAGCAAGAAGACGCUAACGUGAAACCAGAGUCGAACGCAAUUUAACUACAACCCUGGAUGCCACAAUAAACGGAUAUUUGUUUCCAAAUAAAGGGCGUCUUGAAGAGACCACCAUGAACAGUUUUAGUAGCCCCAACAGGCACAGGACAUCAGCGUUCACCAGGACAACAUACCUUGGAGCACCCAAGUCGGACCUCGAGAGAGAUUCAGGCUUCUCAGAUGCCAGCUCUGAGUACCUCAGCACAGUCGAUCUGACUGACUCCGAAGAUGCAGGAAGGAACGGGUCGAUUCUCGGCCAGGACCCGGCUGGUCCCCAAGUGGCUGUGAUGGGAGGGUCAUACCCAGGGCUGUCUCCAAUGAUCAUCAUGAAUAACUUUGUCUUAAAGCAGCCGUCCCAGAUGGCUCCAGCAGAGAAACAGUGGGGCUUUUCUUCCCCCUUAGAAGUGAUGCCUCAGUCACAGGUGGUUCUUCUUCAGCCCAUGGUAUCAAAUAGUAGCAGCAGCUCUCCAAAGACGGGCUCUGAAAAUAUCCGACAAUCAAAAAGCUACAUGCCCAUCCUCAAGUCCUAUCCCAAAAUCGCUCCACACCCUGCAGACGCUCCCAGUAAAAGGGUGGGAUCAUCAAAGGUGAGGACGAGUUCCACAUCAAGAUAUGACCAGCGGCAGAGAAGGCACCACCGCAGCCACCGGCUCUAUGGCUCCCCCAGCCCACAGCCAACACUGCAGACUCCAGUCAACCCUAUCUCCAGCUUUGAAGCAGCAAACAACCAGUCACAGGCAACCGAGAGUCGGGAGCAGCUGAACGACAAGUCUCUCUCCCCGCUGGCAGGGACCAGUUCUCUGCUGCCCUACACAGAUGAAUUGAGGACUGAGAUUGACAGCGACAGGAUGCAUGCUGAAAAGUACCAGGAUCCCUCCUCCAUGGACACUGACAAACAGAAACGCUUCAGCAAUACCUACAACAUUCUCAACAAAUCUGGCCUGCUGGGAAUCACCAUGCGCACAGAUCAGCUGAUCAAGGAGAAUAAACGCACACAAGGCCAGCUGCAGCAGCUUCAGGAGCAGACGGCCCUGCUGUUGGAGGCUCUGAGCAGCGGUGACCCGCAGCUCUGGUCUAAAUUGCAGCUUUCUCUGCAGCACGCAGACAAGGAACAAUAGGGAGCGAAAAUGAUAAAUAAUCCUGGAGUGAUACAGUAUAUUGAUGGACAUGACCAGCAGUUCUCAAUCAGAGCUUCUCAAGGUGAUUUAUUGAAUGUGAAAACAUACAUCACGAAAUCUUUAUAGGAAAAGCUUUAAUCAUUACAGCAUCUAGCGUUACAACUAAAAGAAUUACUUAUAACAAAUUUUGCAUAUACUUUUGUCAGAGUCUUAAAUCUGCAGGCUGCAGAGCAAGAAACAUUUAGAACUGCUGGUCUAACACCAAGCUGAAGCACAUCCACUAAUCUGAAGUGGGAGGAGUUAAGAAGCAUGCUUACAUUUCAAACCCUUGCCUAUAAUGAAAUUUCUUGCCUCUCCUGCAACGAAAUGGCAAGUAUCACUUGCAAUAGGGCUAUGGCUUCUAUAUAUUGAACUCCUGAUUGCAUAAAAUGCAUGCCUUACAAAACGUGAGGCCACAUGGGGUUAAAUCCUUAUACAUGCCUGAGCAUCAUCUUUACUUUUUGAAAUAGAAAACCUAAAGCACCUUUACGAAUAGGACGAUGUCUAAUUCUUUUGUUUACUUUGUUUUUGAAUUGGACGGUAAAUUAAACUGAGUAAGCACAUGCCUCUUUUGUGAGGAACUGUACGUACUUACAGCCCAUAUUCUCAAGGCCGGCUCACAGUGAGAGUCCAGAGGGAUGGCAAAACCAUAACUUUGUUUAUAUUUUUAAUAAUUUUCUUACUUGAUGUCAGUAUUAUUUAUUCAAAGUUAUGUUUCUGACCAACACUAAAGCUGUGUGAAUAAAAAAAACAAACCAAGCACAUUAUAACACGUUUGCCUGUUCUGCAGUGAAGCAAGCUCCUUUUCUCAAAACACACCUUUUGUAGGAAUUUGCAAAAAGCAUAAACUGUAGCAAGUCAAGUGCUGUAGCCACAUAAUAUUUCUUGCAUUUUGCAUUUUUUGUUGCCAUGUUCAUUCCUGCUGCUUAAGCUUCGAGUGAUGUGUAUUUAUUGAAUCCUCAAGGCAAAGAAAAUGACAGCUCAGUAGGUCCUUUAAGUUUCAUAUUACAGACUCUUGCACUUUAGUUUUUAAGAUUACUGACAACAUUUUUAGGAAAAUGUUACGACUUGUACCCCUAAAUGAGCAUUGUGUCUUGAUAAAACAAUGUGAAUAUAAAUGUUUAUCUGGAUGCCUGUGCCUUUUUGGAUAUGUUCAUGUUUGUAUUUCAUAUCAAUGCUUGAAAAGCUUAGCUUGUGAACUUCACGUGGAAGGAAUCUGAAUGUACUUUAAGGUCUCCAAAGAAUAAAUAUUCUUCGAAUCAAAAUAAAUCAUGCCCUGAUUAGGAAAUCCAUCCUAGUUGUUGUAGAUAAUAGCAUGAAGACAAAUUAAAACAUAAAACAGUUCAGUUUUAGAUGUUAAGUUGAGGUUAAUUGCUGUCUUAUUUAUUUCAGCAUCAGUACUGUUGCAACAUUUUGUAAUCAUGCAUAGUUUUAAAACUAAGACAUAAUGAAGGCAGUUUUGGUUACAAAGGGCAGAAGGAGCGUUACAAAAACAAUUUUACGGUCACUUUUAAGAGAUUGUUUCUUCUUCUUGUUGUGAAAUGUGCUUUCUGUAUCGUUUCUUUAGCAAAAGUCACUUUGACUAACAAUGAACUGUCAUAAAAACUGUUUGAAGAUCA